UAUGAAACUGUAUCUGAUGUACUAAGUUCUGUUAAGAAAAUGGAAGAGAGCCUUAAAAGGUUGAAGCAAGCCAGAAGAACUGCAACUUCAAACCCUGUUGGUACAAAUGGGGGCAUGAGUGAUGAUAACAAAAUCCGACUGCAGCUGGCCCUAGAUGUUGAGUAUUUUGGAGAACAAAUACGAAAGAUGGGACUGGAAACAAGCAGCAUAAAAAGCUUUUCAGCCCUUAUGGAGCUGGUUCUAACUGCCAAGGAUCAGGCUACAGCAGAACAAUCCUAGAUAUUUUUGAAAGCCUGUGGCUGAAGAUAAACAAUGUCCCUAAAAGAAAAGAGAUAAUUUAACUCUUAUUUUACCAAAUAAGUAGCGAUGAAGUGCUUCCUAAUGUGUCUUGAGCAACAAAUCAGUCCAUCUUCUGUCAAAACAGGCUUGUUUCACCAAAAGACUGAGAAUUUAGCAUAGUUUUCCAUUAUAUGGAAAGCAACCAAAAGUUCUAAACUUUCUAUUGUAGAAUAAAAGUGGAAGAAAAUGGGGUUUUUUAUUUUUGUUGUACAUCUUAAAAUGUAGAAGAAUGAACUUACAUGAUGAAAAUAAUAUGUAAUAAAUUGUCUUCCUAA